CCUGUGUCUCUGCUACAGCCAACUUUUUGGCAACGAUGUGAGCCAUGCCCAACUACUCGCUGCUUAGGCAGUGAGUACAGUUUCUUCGAACAUCAACAUGCCUUCGCCAGCAGAGAUCAUAGCUGGGACAAGCUCGUCGAUAGCAAGGCUCGCUGCCUACGCCUUCUUGAGAUGGAUCCCUGGUCACCAUUUCCCCCCGAUUAUCCUGUCUGCAGUGGCCAUCUAUCUGGCCUUCGUGUUCAGCCAGUCUGAAUCCUUCGGUUCGAGCAGCCCUACCAUACAUGAUGCACCAUCCGAUGGCCAUGACCAAACGAAAGAACAAGACCGGAUCAAUGAAGACCAGGAAGAACCCGUCUUGUAUGAAGAGGAGAAGUCAUUGUUUAAGACCUUGCUGUUUGGAAUACCCGAUUGGCGUCAGAGAAGAUGGAGCUACAUAACAAUUGGUGUGAACGUCUUACUAGCAUUGUUCACGGUUGAUUUGGUCUUUCGAGGACCUCUUCUUCAUCCGGCCAAGGAUUUGAGUUUCACCCGUGUUGGCUAUGUCGACUCAACAUCUGCGAAAGUCUUGAUUCGAGAACCUGAUCCGGCCCAGCUUCCAAUGUAUGUCUACCUGUCACCGGCGGAUAAAACUAGCUGGACUACUACGGACACGAUCUACUACCUGGGACCGAAUACCGAUUAUACCCAUGCACUGAGCUUCGAUGGUCUUCAGCCUUCGAAGAAAUAUAUCUACUCCUUGUCUAAUGACCAAUCUGGUACCUUUGUUACAGCUCCGUCACCAUACUCGGAGGCCGCCAAUACCUUGACGUUUCUCACUUCUUCCUGCAUAAAGGCCAAUUUUCCGUACAGACCAACGGCUCAUUCUCUGGCAAUCCAUGGCUUUGAAUACUUGUCCAAACUCGUCCGUUCGCUGCCAUCGCCAGCCGCAUUCAUGCUAUUCCUCGGAGACUUCAUCUACGUCGACGUGCCUCUCCGUUUAUCCUCCUCACUUGCACAUUAUCGUUCGGAAUACCGACGCGUCUACGCUUCUCCGUCGUGGUUGUUACCCGGCCUUGACACUCUACCCUGGAUCCAUACACUUGACGACCACGAGAUCGCCAAUGACUGGUCGGGCGGAAACGAUACAGAUCCGUUCCCGGCCGCUUCAGAUCCCUUCAUCCAUUAUCACGUCUCAGUGAACCCACCAGUUCCACCAGGCUCUCCGAGCGGGUCAGAAACCAACACCACGUACUUUGAAUUCACCAAUGGACCCGCCUCGUUCUUCAUGCUUGAUACUCGACGAUACCGUACUGACCCCGAACCACAAUCAACCAGCACGUCCUUCCCAAGCCGGGAGAAACCCCUAUACGGCUCGUCUCUAGAAUCCCCCAACCCACCGGCCGCCUCCGAGACGCACUCAAUGCUCGGUGUGCAACAACUUGACUCCCUUCUCGCAUACCUCUCUGAGCCCGAGCCUGCGCACGUCCACUGGAAAAUCAUAGCCACCAGUGUUCCGUUCACAAAGAAUUGGAGAUUCGGCACUUCCGACACCUGGGGCGGAUUUCUAAGGGAGCGCUCAAUAAUAUUGCAGGCCAUGCAUGAUGCAGAACGCGAACUAGGCGUUAGAGUGGUCAUUCUUUCUGGAGAUCGACACGAAUUUGCUGCCAUAAGAUACCCACCGCCAGUCCUCUCCCAGGAGCAAGACCAAGGUCUGGUAGGAGAGACAAUCGAUACGUCCGACACAGGUACAAGUGAACCGAUCCCCAAACCUGUCGUCUACGACACAAGCCCGGCUGCUGGCCCACACGAAUUCUCAGUCGGGCCGCUUUCAAUGUUCUAUCUCCCCUUUCGGACGUUUCGACAGGUUGACGACCAAGAUGUCGCCAUCAAGUACAUUCCCGACGGAAACAGCAAGACUGGGUUAAUCGAGAUCCGUAAUCUGGUGGGUGAUGCAGGCAGUCAAGGGCAACGGAGCUUGCUGAAGUAUACGUUGUAUGUGGAUGGAGAGGUGAAAUGGGAAUACACGCUGACGAGUCCGAGUGCGGGCUCGGCAUUGGCUAUGGGAGGACGUGGGCGGGAAAGGAGGAGGACUCGAAACGGUGUGGGCGAUGGCGUGAGAGGAUGGGCGCAGAGAUUGGGACUGCGCGGUAGUACGGGGCGAGGACGGUCCUUAUGGGACUGAGUGCCUGCCGUGAUACGAAAUACUGAGCGCCAUUGCCAUCGCAACAGGUGGGAUCAAAAGGGGGGGAUGGGAGGGAAUCAACGGCGAGGGAGAGUAGAGAGCCCUACAAGGAAGAGGACAUUUGGGAUACGAAUCGAUGGACUUCUUCACCGAUACAUCCGCCAUUCCUUGACUGUCUAGUUCUCUGUUACGACAAUUACGAGGAAUUUUCACGAAUUGGAUUCUGCCGGGCACAUACUAAUUAAUAUGGGAUCUGAACACUCGGAAAAUGGACAGUUCAUGGCUUUUCUACCUAACAUAACCGAAGUUGCCUUAGGUAUCCACCUAGAUAGAUACGUAUACCUUAUCAAUGCAUG